GGCGCAAUCAUUUCCCUCACACGCUACGAUUUGUAAAUUUCAAUUUCCAAGCCACAAUAGGCCCCCUCCAAUCCCCCUUUGCCUAAGAGUAUUCUUUUAUCUUUAUUUUUACUUUCUCUCUCUCCUUCUAUCUAACAUUCCCCCGUUUUCUCUCUUUUUCAAAAACCCUAAUUAUCCCAAUCUCUCACUCUUUGCAGUCACUCUACCAAUCUCACCUUAGAUCCAUAAUCUAUUCGUUCUUCGUUCGUCAUUUUUCUGAUCCAGGUUAAUCUAAAUGGAUGCUAUGCAAACAAAUGCUGAGCGCCGUCCUUUUUCGAUUAAAUUAUGGCCUCCAAGCCAGAACACAAGGAUCAUGCUUGUUGAGAGGAUGACCAGCAAUCUUUCAACAACCACAAUUUUCACGCAAAAGUAUGGUAGUUUGAGCAAGGAAGAGGCUGAGGAGAAUGCCAAGGAAAUCGAAGAGGUGGCGUUUACUGCUGCAAGUCAAUUCUUUGAAAAGGAGCCUGAUGGUGAUGGAAGCUCUGCAGUCCAGCUUUAUGCUAAGGAAUGUAGUAAACUUAUACUUGAAGCCCUAAAAAGAGGUCCUGCAAGCAAGGAUGUUAAAAAACUGCCAACUUCUGUGGUGGCCCAGGAAUGUUUUUUUGAUAUAUCAAAAGGUUCACGUGCAUUCAUUGAGGCAGCAGAAGCAGAAGAGCUUUUGGCACCGCUGAAGGAUCCAUCGAACAAUUACACCAAGAUAUGCUUUAGUAACAGAAGUUUUGGGUUGGGCGCAGCUCGUGUUGCAGAGCCUAUCUUGGCUUCGAUUAAGGAUAAAUUAAAGGAUGUGGAUUUGUCUGAUUUUAUUGCUGGUAGAGCAGAGGCAGAAGCGCUUGAUGUGAUGAAUAUCUUCUCAGCUGCCCUUGAAGGUUCUGUUUUAAAGUCUCUUGAUCUUUCAAACAAUGCCUUGGGUGAGAAGGGUGUCCGAGCAUUUGGAGCACUCUUGCAAUCACAGCGUAGCUUGGAGGAGCUUUAUUUAAUGAAUGAUGGAAUUUCAGAGGAGGCUGCACGUGCCGUUUGUGAGUUGGUUCCUUCCACAGAGAAGCUUAGGGUUCUUCAGUUUCACAAUAACAUGACAGGAGAUGAAGGUGCUAUCGCCAUAUCUGAGGUUGUGAAGCGUUCUCCUAUGCUGGAGGAUUUUAGGUGUUCCUCAACAAGGGUAGGUUCUGAUGGAGGUGUUGCCUUGUCUGAAGCCCUUGAGGGAUGUGUUAAUUUGACAAAGCUUGACUUGCGUGAUAACAUGUUUGGCGUAGAAGCCGGAGUUGCUUUGAGCAAAGCUCUUUUGAAUUUUGGAAAUCUUGUUGAAGCUUACCUGAGUUACUUGAACUUGGAAGAUGAGGGGACCACUGCCAUAGCAAACGCUCUCAAGGAUUCGGCUCCUUUGCUUCAAGUGUUAGAGUUGGCUGGUAAUGAUGUUACAGCUGCUGCUGCACCUGCUCUGUCUGCCUGUCUAGCAUCAAAGAAGCACCUAUUGAAGCUAAACUUGGCUGAAAAUGAGCUCAAGGAUGAAGGGGCUAUAGAGAUUAGUAAGGCUCUCGAAAGUUAUACUCAAUUACAGGAACUCGACAUGAAUACAAAUGCCAUAAGAAGGGCUGGAGCUAGGGUUUUGGCUAGUGUGGUGGUGGAUAAACCUAAUUUUCAAUUGCUGAACAUUAAUGGAAAUUUCAUAUCCGACGACGGAAUCGACGAUGUUCAAGCAGCUUUCAAAAAGUGCCCCAACAAGCUAGGGUCAUUAGACGAGAAUGACCCAGAAGGUAGAGAUGAUGAAAAGGAUUCUGAAGAUGAGGGUGCUGGCGAUGACAAUGAUCUGGAAUCCAAAAUGAACAACCUCGAUGUCGAUGACGAUUAGGCAUAUUAUUACUCAUAGUUGGAACUAGUAGAUCUGUAACUUUUAGAUUCCUGAUUUCAACAGUUGUCCUCUUUUAUCUCGGACAUUGCUUUGGAUCAACGGCCUCCUAGAGCGCUUGUCAGCAAUGGCUUUCAUGGAGAGUGACUCGUAGGUUUAAUAUGUAGGUCUUCUCAUGUGGAAGCUGGAACCCUCUUAUCUGCCUUUUUUCUUUUAAAUGUUUAUUGUACUACUACUUAGCUUUCAAGUAGCCAUUGAACUUGUUUCAUUGAUGUUGAGGAAGGGAGUGUCAUUUUUCGUGAUAUUCACCUUCGCUUUAUAAUGGAGCUGCUUUAGCUUUGGACAAAUCUUAUCAUGAUUCAGUGUCACUGAAUGAAUGGCAUGUAAUAUUUUGGUUUAUGUUGUGGAUACCAAACUGCUUCAUUUUAAACUUUACCUUGUGUCUUC